AUGGAACACACCUGCGGCGCUUGCUUAUCGCAAGUUGACGUUAGAGAAGAGCAAAUAAUUCAAUGCACUCGUUGCGUCCUAAUUUAUCACCCAUUAUGUUUGAAUAUAAAUGACCUAGAAUUUGAUAAACUUGAGCAAGAUUAUUUAAAUUCGUGGGAAUGUCCUAACUGUACCAGCAGAGUGCCAAAAAUCUCAUCGGCAAAUGUAGAUCGCCUGCCAAGCAGCCCUGCUACCUCCCGCCCGUCCAAAAGAAAGGCACUACUGUCACCGAUGUCGGGUUCCGGGAACGACACUCUCACUAAUGAAAUUAGACUGUUACGAGAAGAAAUGCAGGAGAUGAAGAGCUGCUUAAAAGAAUUCGUGGAAACCGUUGCACAAUGCAUGUCAAAGACAGUAAAUCUGGAAACUCGGGUACUAGAAGCAGAAGCUAAGGUGUCGGCGUUGGAAAAAGAAAAUUCUAGUAUACCAGGUCUCAAACUUCACAUAGCUUCGCUGGAACAACAAGUAAACAAUCACCAGAGUUAUUUUUUGCGAAACGAAGUUGAAAUAAUUGGCUUGAAUGAACACAGGAACGAAAAUCUUCUCCACAUAACAAAUAUUAUUGCCCAACGCGUCGGCUUCGAACUAAAACCGGAAGAUAUAGACUGGGUUACAAGAGUGGGCUCGCUACGGAGCUCUGGUAUCGAACAACGACCCCGUCCCGUGGUUUUGCGCUUUACCAGACAGGUGGUUCGCGAUGACUUUUUACGCCACACCAAAACUAGACGCAAUACUACAACCACUGAUAUUGAACUCGAAGGCCCCUCACGUAUAUUAUACUUCAAUGAACACCUAUCGAAGCUUAACAGGCAGUUAUUUCGUGAAGCGCGUCUCUUAUCAAAAGAAAAGGGCUUUAAAUAUUGUUGGAUUAAAAAUGGCAAAAUCAAGAUACGCCAGGAUGAUGGCAAACCAGUUCGCACAAUAUCUUCAACGGGAGAUAUGAACAUAAACAUAUUAGCAGAAGAUUCCACAGGACACUGUAACGAAUAUUUAUGUGUGAUGGCACGAUAUGGGCUACUUCCAGUGAUUAACACUCCAACCCGAGGCGAAAAUUGCAUAGAUCAUAUAUUUGUUAAAUCUAAAUCGGCCCCAACUGGUUUGGUAAGUAGUCACUCACUUACAGAUCAUAAUUUAUGUAUGGCCAUUAUUCCACUUGACACUGUCAUAAGAAAGGGACAGAACACACAGAUAACAAAGACAAACUUUAGGGAAGUGGCCAAAUCAUUAGCAACACAAGAUUGGCAUACGGUAACUAGUGCAAUAACUACAAAUGCUGCUGCAGAUAUAUUCAGAAAAAUACUGAACUCAAUAAUUGAACGGCACACUAAUACCGUGAAUUUAGGAAGAAAAUAUGUCUUAUUGUGUCCAUGGAUGACACCGGGGCUAAAUCGAUGUAUACUGCACCGGGACAAAUUACAUAGGGCGUUAAGAAAUUCUCCAGAUGACAAAAAUCUAGAAACAACAUACAAAAGGUACAGAAAUUUUUGUAACAAGAUUAUAAGAGACACUCGUGACGCAUAUAACAACAAAAAACUGAUGCAGAAUAAAGACAAUCCAAAAAAGCUGUGGAAAACUAUUAAUGAAUUAUGUGACAGAAACCCAAAAACAAAGGUAACUUGUGACCCCGUUGAACGCCGUAAUAAAGCGAAUUCAUUUAAUAAACAUUUCGUCAGUAUUCCAGACGCAUUAACCAGAACCAUUUUAAAUAACCUUAGUACAAAUAAAGGAAAUCAUAUACGCAACACAACAUCUAGAAACAAUAUUCCUGACUCUCUCUUUCUGAAUCCAACUACGCCAGACGAAAUUCUAUCUCUCAUAAAUAAUUUAAAAAAUGGCAGUGCUCCUGGUUCUGAUUCCUGUACUCCGGAGCUAAUUAAAUCUGUCAAAACUCAUAUAAUAGUACCACUUACACAUAUUUUCAACCUUAGCUUAAGCGAAGGUGUAUUUCCGGAGUGCUGGAAGCACUCCAUUGUGAUUCCAAUCCACAAAUCAGGAGAUACAGAUAAUCCAAACAAUUAUAGACCCAUAUCUCUCCUUUCUAUGUUUUCUAAACUGCUAGAAAAAAUUGUAAAUAAAAGACUUACGGCAUUUUUCUCAAUGCAUAAAAUAUUCUCUCCCAAUCAAUUCGGUUUCCGCCAAGGUAAGUCAACAGAAGACGCCACAGUUAAGCUUACAGACACAGUACAUGACUAUUUGGACAAGUACAAAUGUUGUGUUGGAACGAGAGGUUUCAAUUUGAAAGUCCGAACUGUAUCAGAAAAUAUUCUAAAAAACAAAUCCAAACAAGCGGCUUUUCCAGGUGCGAGUCCAGACGAUGAUGGAAAGAUAAUGAUACGGCUGGAGUAUUCCACUGUGGAAUACUGCAGUCCUAUAACAUAUAAUAAUGCUGCAUGA